CAUAUUAGCACAAUUUUAAAGAUUGUCUAUAUCGCACAUUUGUCUCCAAUUACAGCGAGGUUAGAAUUUCGAAGAUUUCUUCAUGACCUUCCUAAAGAAGCUGUUGACUUGCAUUGUUAUUAGAAAUAAUCUAUAGUGAAAUUAAAAAUCAAAAAUUAAUUUAAAAUAAGAAAAAAAUUAAAUAUUAAAAGAACACCCUUAUUCAGCUCGCUGGUCGCUAUAGUGUAAAUCAUCCCCUAUGCGAUGGGAGAAAACAGCAUGAUAACCACCACUACAACCACCAUCAACACCAUCAUCUGGACGGAUUUCCCAACGUGCAACCGGACCAUCGAACACAGCUGUUGCUUUGUCGGUGUCGGUGAGCUGACUACCGUUGGGCCACGGUUACUGCCGAGCAGAGCGAAACCAACCAACCAGUCAUUCAGUCAUUCCGAGUCCAACACGCGCAGCGGUUCGUCGCCUGCCGUACCGUGCAGUUCUUUUCCAUCCUGCUGUCACACACGAUCAUCACGAGAUCGUUGCGAGAUCAAUUUGCAAAAGGCCAUCCGUUGUUCCGUGCUUGAGUGUGCUCGUGUGUAUUGCUGUGCGCUCUGUGUGUGGUUGCCCAAAGACCGCAAACCUCAAUUCGGUCGCGGUUUCUUCGAGUGACCCCGCGAUCGGUGCCUGAUUGUUGCUGUGAACGAGUCGGCCGUUGUUGCUGUUCAUUUGUAUUUAUUUGGGUAACGGCCGCGAGCGUGUGUGCAAUAAAGAAAAUCGUUUCACCUGCACCAUCGGGUCGGCUGGGGCCGACGUGAGGCCGUACGCGUUUUGUUGAGCGAAGAUCACCCUCCCCCAGAAAGUGGUGUGCGCGGCUCGAAAUCGAAAUUCCGCAAUUGUGUCUUCAAUUGCAGGCGUUCGACGAGAAGGGGGAAAAUACGAUAAAAUCCCAGUUUUCCGCCACACCAACAUUGUGCAGUGAUCAAGUGUAUCUUGGUGUGUGUCUAUUGUUCCUGAUCGUCAAGUGUUCAUGGUGUUUUGUGGAAGAAAAUGAUGUGCAUAAUUGUGGUGAGCCAGUGAUAGAUAUAAAGUUACCCGAUCGCCUAUCCUGCCUGCAGCCGUCCAUAUCAUAUCGCAACAAUUGGGGCGCACCGAACGGCGUCCGUAUCAAAAAGCCGACCAGAGUCGUGAUCGUGGCGAUGAUGAAACGAUCGCUAAUUGGAUUGCGUGCGAGGCAGAGGCCACGACCGACAUCGCUGCGGAGAUCACUGUUGAUGCUGUCGCUUCUGCUAGCGUUUGAUGCUGUUCCAUUCACAAAUGCGUUCAUCGUGCCGGAGGAGCUGCCAUCGAUACUUUCCCUGGUCUAUUCCAACAUUCCACAGAUCAAGAAAGGAACUGACUCGCGAGUGGGCUUCGGGUUUCGGCUUGGUGAGCACGCAGAUUUUCAGAUCCAGCUGGAACUUGGGCCGCAGCUCAACACGAAACCGAUAGGAGCAGCAGCAGGCAGCAGCAAGCGUUACGUCGACAAUGAAGAGUACGCUAACUCAGUACGAAAUCCAACACGAAACGGUGGCUCAACCUCCUGGCUGCAGGCAUGGUCCAAACAAACGAAACAACGGCAACAGUUCAACAAGGACAAGCUGCGAGACUCGCUAAUGCCGCCGGCACCGGUGAUGGACGAGGGCGCCUACAACCAGCUGCAGCAGCUGUACGAAAUGAACAAACAGCGCGAGUACGAAGAUUCGAUCGGUACACUUCCGGCGGAAGUGCUCGAAACGCGUAUCAAUCAGCUGAAAGCACUGCACAGCCCGGUCACACCGUUCAAACCGAUGCCGAGUGAACCACGAUCGGGAGUGGCCGGUACAUCGGAGGAAAAGCAAUCGCCCUCGGAAUCGAUGAUAAUAGUGGUAACACCGGAAGUGCAAGUGGAAAGCACUACCACUACUGCCCCAACAGCGGAAUCGACCACGGUGGUGAGCGAAAGGAUAAAGGUUAGGGAAAGUACGGGGGGGCCAACCGUCGAUAGUGGUCGACGGAACGUAAGACGACGAACUAAUCGACCGGUGAGCAAGUGGGACAAGGAACGAAUCACCGCUCAGCUGUCCGAUGUGUCGUUGGAUUAGCCGAUCGGCUGAUGGGUGCGAACGUGUAUUAUAUUGUUAAAAGUAGGAAGACGCACACACAGGCAUACUCUACCCUGCCCCUUAUUAUCUUUUCCCGCAGGGUUCCGAUAGACCCAUUCCCGCGACGGAAGGUGGUUGUAAAUAGUUUCUUUGCUCGGUUUUAGGAUGUGAUAUUGUACUAUUUAUUAACGGAUUUGUUUUUCGUUCUUCGAGGCGUCACUUAGAGUUUCACUCGGUAUUGUUAAAAUUGAAGAAGAGAUGGGAAAAGCCCAAAAUACUACGCAACCACGCAAUAGCAGACAGGUGCUCAAGGUGCACGGAUCUAGAUCUAGGGUUUUAUAUGUACGGCAAAAUAGCACCGGGCAGCUAAAAGGGAGGGUUUUUAUUUAUCAGAUGCAAGGCAUAGAGAAACAAAAAAAAAAA